AUGGUGGAUAGCAUCUCCUUACCACAUCAUCGAAAACGCAAGAGGCGACGUCAGGAUAAAUCCUCCAUCACUGCAAGGUUGGUUUUGGACGACCAUGUGAAAGGCGACGUAGGUAUAUUGUCCGAGGACUUAUAUGCCGAUUUGUUCCCAGGUGUAAACCAAGUCCAGGAAGAUACAAACGGUUCUGCUAGCCCUGAGAUUCUACACGUUGCGAUCUCUCCAUGGAGUCCCCUCCCCGCCGUUGAAAGCUCAACAUGGACUGUUGUCGCAGUCAGGUCCUCGAGCGCCUUAGCGCAUUCGACACUUCAGUUCUCGCCAUCCUCUCUAGCUUUACAGGGAUUUGCUGAAGCUCUGCAGAAGAUAGCUCCUUCGAAACUGUCAAGUCAUAGCCGGAGUGGCAUCGAGAUUAGGAUUCUAGACGUUGUACCUAUGCCAUUGGAUGUUGUAUUUGUGACUUUAGGAGCAGAUCUGGCAAGACGAUUGGAAAAUGGGGAGGGCACAUUUCAUGGCGAACACGCUCGAGCAAACGGUAAACCGACUAGCAAAUCAGCAUCAAUCCAACCUGAAGGUCGACUAGCAGCUGCAGUACGAGAAUCCCUGGGGUCAUUGAACGUUGUGCAUACUGGGGAUUUCUUUGCUUUGCCUCUCCAACCUCAUCCCGUAACGCAUGUUCCACCUCCGCCUGCUCAAGUAACACUUUGCGAGCCGGUUGGCCAAGGAUUUUUGACGCCAAAGAGUAAAAUUAUAAUUACCAAAACUGGUCAUCUCUCGAAGCAAAAUCGUAAACCACAGCAGUUACCUGUCAACAGGGCUUUGAAUGGGGUCGCCGAAGAGGACGACGAGGCGUCGACCGAUCAGUUCUACUCGGCUGCGGAAGACCGCUACAAAACAGAUACAGUAGACGACGAAGAUGAUGACGGGGAUUCGGCAUCUGGGACUGAAACUGAGGUGUCAGAUGCGGAUAGUGGAAGCUUGUCGGAUGAUUCUAUGGAUGAUCUAAUAUCAUUACAAGCACCUGUGCUUCCAGCUCACAAUGCGAGCGGCAUUUCUACAGUCCAGGCUGGUACCCCUCGUACUGUCGGUAGAGUAACGAACGGGAUCAAUACGCCUGGGUCGGUCUUCUCAUCAUUGACUGCGACUACGGCUCGGGCUGGCGGUCAGAAGGGCAGACUUUUUAAGGUACAAGGCCUUAUGGCCCCGCUGCCAGAAGAAUUACUUCAUCCAAAACCACAUCCUGAUGACGACGAAGAAGCUCGAAUAUUCGUAGACAUCAAUUCGUUGACAAAGAUCGGCUGCUUCUCUGGGGAUUGGGUUCGAUUGGAAGUAGCCGCUGAACCGCCCGCCAAUGGUGCAGGGCUCUGGGGCCUUGGAAGCUUUGGCAACACUGAGCUCGAGGAUCCAUUAUGGCGUCCUGUCAAGGUAUUUGGCUUGCCAGAAGGAUAUUCACGUCGAGCAAUAACAAAGCUUCCCAGCCAUAAGCAAGGAGAGCGACGAAUGUCCUUUUUCGACGCCCAAGUUCAGAAGCCCGCAAGUCCUACUGUUUUCAUGUCUCCGAUAUUGCUUGCAAAUAUGGAGAAUACGCCAUACUGUAGGCUUUCUACGUUAAAGCGACCGCCACAACCGGGCAGAGUCUCGCAGCCGAAGAUCACGGGUUCCUCGCGGCCUCCGUUUCUUCAAGAGCUUACUUUGCUCAAGAUCGCUACUCCUGUAUCUACCGAAAGAUCUGUACAAAAAAUCCUAUUUUCGAAUUUAAAGAAUUAUUUCUCCAGUUGCACCAGAAUAGUACGAAAGGGCGAUUUGAUUGCUAUUCCCAUCGAUGGGGAUCUUGGACGGAUACUGCACCAUAGUACUGCCAGUGAGGAUCUUGAGGUGGAGGAGCUUUUUUCGAAUGCGUCCACUACGCAAUCUCAGCGCGCAAGUACCAGCAAACCUACUGCGGUAGCUUGGUUUAAAAUUGGUUAUAUUAGCGUAGCUAGCGAAUCCCAUGACUCUCCCGAAGAAGAAGAUCUUUGGGGUGGAGCUGCCUCAGUUGAUAGCCCAUCGACGAGAAUCAUGCAAUCUGGGAGCGAAAACAGUCGAGUACCGGCUACCAUCAACAGCUCGUGGGAACAUUACUUGGGUGUAAAAUCACUGCCAAAGACCGAGUCGCCUACAGCUUCGCUGUCUGAAGUGAGUAAACAACAUGUCCCACCACUUCGCCGUCGUUUACGGGAACUCAUCGCUGCCGCUACCAGUCCGCGGGCCAUACACUUACAGCAGAAGCCCCUUGCAAUUCUUCUUGUCUCCACUCAACGAAAUAUUGGAAAAUCUACGCUGGCAACUGGUGCGUGUGCCGACCUUGGAAUUCAUACAUUCUGCAUUGAUGCAUACGAUAUCGUGACAGAAGGUGGGGCAGGCAGUGAUGUUAAAACCGCUGCUUACCUUGAGUCACGGGCAGAGAGAGCUAUCUCCUGCGGCCCCGAGUUCUGCGCUGUACUCAUUCGUCAUAUUGAGGCUUUGACCGCUGACAGAAUGAUAUCUACAAUUAGUGACAUACAGUCACGUUUACGAGUUUUGAUCGCGACAACCACGGAAGUCGACAAGAUACCAGAUGGGAUCCGUGGUCUGUUCAGUCACGAACUAGAGUUGUCGGCUCCAGAUGAAUCGGAAAGAGAAGGCAUUCUCCAGAGCAUCGUUGAUGAUCAACCUAUUCCUCUAGCACCAGAAGUCGAGCUUUCUUCUGUGGCAGUCAAAACAGCUGCCCUUGUUGCAGGUGACCUUGUGGAUGUCGUAGAUCGCGCUGUAGUUGCAAGAAAUUCUCGGCUUGAAGCCCUUGCGUCCUCUUCUUCAAAUGAAGAGUCGCAGGUCACCACCCGUGAUGUCCUAGUAGCUGGUGGAUCCGCGGGUCGAUGCCUUACGAAGCCUGACUUCGAAGUUGCCGUCGAAGCCGCUCGUAAGAAUUUCGCAGACGCCAUUGGUGCCCCCAAGAUUCCUAACGUGGGGUGGGACGAUGUUGGUGGACUUACUAACGUCAAGGAUGCGGUCAUUGAAACUAUUCAACUUCCACUUGAGCGCCCUGAACUCUUUGCCAAGGGAAUGAAGAAACGAUCCGGUAUCUUGUUUUACGGUCCUCCAGGCACGGGAAAGACCUUACUUGCCAAAGCGAUCGCCACCGAGUUCAGUCUGAAUUUCUUUAGUGUCAAGGGCCCAGAACUCCUAAACAUGUAUAUUGGGGAGUCCGAAGCAAAUGUCAGAAGAGUGUUUCAACGAGCAAGAGAUGCAAGGCCAUGUGUUGUGUUCUUUGAUGAAUUAGACUCCGUUGCCCCCAAAAGAGGCAAUCAAGGCGACAGUGGCGGUGUUAUGGACAGGAUAGUAAGUCAGCUGCUCGCAGAAUUAGACGGUAUGUCGGAUGGCGAAGACGGCGGCGGUGGUGUCUUUGUUAUUGGGGCCACCAACCGUCCUGAUCUCCUUGAUGCUGCAUUGUUGCGACCCGGUCGCUUCGACAAAAUGCUCUAUCUCGGCGUUAGUGACACACAUGAAAAACAACUCACUAUCAUGGAAGCACUCACACGAAAAUUCACACUACACCCGUCGCUCUCCCUUGGCCGUGUCGCCUCUCGAUUACCGUUUACCUAUACUGGUGCAGAUUUCUAUGCUCUCUGCUCAGAUGCCAUGCUUAAGGCAGUAACACGCCAAGCUUCUCUCGUCGACACGAAGAUUGCUGGUAUAAAUGCGACCGCUGAAGAAAAUAAUAAAACUAAGAUCUCGACGGCGUAUUUCUUUGAUCACUAUGCGACGAAAGGGGAUAUUGAAGUUGUGGUUACGGAAGAAGAUUUUGUCAUGGCGGAGAGAGAGCUGGUCCCAAGUGUUAGUUUUGGGGAGUUGGAACAUUAUAAGAGAGUGAGGGCGCAGUUCGAGAAGGUUGAGGAAGGAAAAUCAGAAGGGGAAGACAAAACCGGGAAGGGAAAAGCACCAGCCCUCGUCUCUAAUCAUGGACGUGUAGACACUAAUGGCAAGGGCAAGGGAAAAGAGAAAGCUGUUGACCGCAAAGGAAAAGGACGAGCAGUCGAAGAGUGGGAUGGUGAGGAUGAUGGGUUUAAAAGAUCGGAUGUAAAAGGAAAAGGUAAGGCUGUCGAUAUGGGGUUCCAGGAUCGCAUGGACGAUGAUGAUGGGUUGUAUUAA